GAGCUCGCGCAGGCGCAGUGGGCGGCUGAUGGUGGCUCUCCGGCUCUCCUGUCAGAAGCUUCCGGCGACCGCCCGCCGGCCCAGGAUCCCUUGAGCGAUGAAGACAUCUGGUUUCUGAGGGGCGGCUCUAAAAUGGAGGAGACGGACAGGGAAGCCGUUGCAACCGCCGUGCAGAGGGUGGCCGGGAUGCUCCAGCGGCCAGACCAGCUGGAUAAAGUCGAACAGUAUCGUCGGAGGGAAGCGCGCAAGAAGGCUUCCGUGGAAGCGAGACUGAAAGCGGCCAUCCAGUCACAGCUCGAUGGAGUCCGAACUGGCUUGAGCCAACUGCACAAUGCCCUGAAUGACGUCAAGGACAUUCAGCGUUCUUUGGCGGAUGUCAAUAAAGACUGGCGGCAGAGCAUCAACACCAUAGAAAACCUCAAGGAUGUGAAGGACGCUGUCGUGCAGCACAGCCAACUUGCGGCGGCUGUAGAAAACCUGAAGAAUAUCUUCUCAGUGCCAGAGAUAGUUCGGGAGACGCAGGACUUGAUUGACCAGGGGCAACUGCUGCAAGCCCACCGGAAGCUGAUGGACUUGGAGCGCUCUCGAGACGACCUCAUGUACGAGCAGUAUCGCAUGGACAGCAGGAAUACUCGUGACAUGAACCUCAUUGACAACUAUUUUGGAGACAUGCAGAAGCUCUCUGAAGAGCUGGCCAAGCAACUCUGGAUGGUCAUCCAGCGGGCUCUAGUCACCGUCCGCCGAGAUCCAACCUUGCUGGUUUCGGUUGUCAGGAUAAUUGACAGAGAAGAGAAAAUAGACAGGCGGAUGCUCGAUCGGAAAAAGCAAACGGGAUUCAUUCCACCGGGCAGGCCCAAAAAAUGGAAGGAGAAAAUGUUUAGCGUGUUGGACCGAACUGUCACGACUAGGAUCGAAGGUACCCAAGCAGACACCCGGGAAUCUGACAAAAUGUGGCUCGUCCGUCAUCUGGAAAUCAUCCGUAAAUAUGUCCUGGAUGACUUGCUGGUGGCAAAAAAUCUUCUGGAUCAGUGUUUUCCGCCCCAUUAUGAAAUUUUCAAAAAUUUACUGAGCAUGUAUCAUCAAGCGUUGUCUGCCCGCAUGCAGGACUUGGCUUCGGAAGAUCUGGAAGCAAACGAAAUUGUUAGCCUUUUAACGUGGGUUUUAAAUACUUAUAAAAGUGAAGAGAUGAUGGGCAAUCCUGAACUGGCCCCGGAAGUGGACGUCCAUUCCCUGCAGCCGCUGCUUUCUCAAGAUGUGGUCGAUGACCUCCUUAACACAUAUAUGUCAACUCUGACUACCAACAUCAUCGGAUGGCUACGGAAAGCGCUAGAGACGGAUAAAAAAGACUGGCUGAAAGAAACUGAGCCAGAAUCGGAUCAAGAUGGUUACUAUCAAACUACACUCCCUGCUAUUGUAUUCCAGAUGUUUGAGCAGAACCUUCAGGUGGCGACUCAGAUAAGCGAGGAUUUGAAAAUCAAGGUGCUCCAUUUGUGCCUUCAACAAAUGAGUUCAUUCCUCAUCAGGUACAAAGACGAAGCACAUUUAUAUAAAGAAGAACACCUAAGAAAUCGCCAGUAUCAUCCAUGCUAUGUUCAUUAUAUGGUUGCCAUCAUUAACAACUGUCAAACCUUCAAGGAAUCGAUCGUCAGUCUGAAGAGGAAAUACUUGACUCCGAUGAUGGAAGACAUCAUGGCAAGCAGUCACGCUUGCAUCUACGCUGUGCUAGACGAUGUUGCCAAGGAAGGCUGUUCGAGCCUCCUGGAUGAAGUGUUCAUGGAUUUAGAGCCGCAUCUCAAUGAGUUGAUGACCAGGAAGUGGCUGGCAGGAUCAAACGCGGUGGAUACAAUCUGCGUAACAGUAGAGGAUUAUUUCCAUGACUUUGCAAGAAUAAAGAAGCCCUAUAAGAAGAAAAUGACCACCGAAUGCCACCGCAGAGUCGUUGUCGAGUACAUUAAGGCCAUUAUGUCAAAGCGUAUCACUUUCAAGAAUGGAGAAGAAAGAAGAGAAGGCGCUGACAGAAUGAAUAGAGAAGCUGAACAAUUCAGAUUUCUGUUUAAGAAGCUCGCUGCUGGCUCUGGGGAGGACACAGAAGGACUUUGUAGCGUGAUUGAAGGCAUCGCAGAGGUCUUCAAGUUGACAGAUCCUUCACUUCUUUACUUAGAGGUCUCAACUUUAGUUAGCAAACACCCAGAUAUCAGGGAUGACCAUAUCACAGCUUUGCUGACGAUGAGAGGAGACGCCAGCAGAGAGAUGAAGCAGACCAUCAUCGAAACGCUGGAUAAAGGUCCAAGCCAGCUGAAUCCAAACUACGUGCCAGUUUUUAAAGAAAUCACGGUUCCAACACUAACAGUGCCAAAGCUUCUGAAAUAAUUGCAGUGGAUUGUAAUGUAAUGCCGUUUUGGAUGCGGUGUUCGUAUCAGAAAGUCCUUUGUAGCCUAAUUUGGCUGUGCAUUUAGAAACAUGAGUUUCGUACUAGCUUUUUUUCCCCUCCUGUCUGGUCUUAGCAAUUUUAGCAAGGUUCAGAGAGAGCCGCGUUGGCCGUUUGAAGAAUAAGAACUAUUCUGAGGGCCAGACUGCUUUCUACUGGCAUCUUGUAUUAAUGGGCAUUUUCAGCAUCAGCAAUAAGACUUCCCCACAAUUAUUUAUCUUGUACUUUGUGUAUGUUAACUGGAUGCAUCACUGACUGCGAUUUAGAAAACUUAAUUAGGAAAUAUUUAUGUAGCUAGCAUGGGUGAAUUUGCUACUAGGUGAACAAAUGGGAGGGGGGGGGACCAGCUUGACAAUUUUUAAGGGUACAGCAAUAGUUUGGGGGUUCCCCUCUUUCACUUAAUUUGAAGAAGACAUGUGCAUUAGAGAUUGCCAGAUAAAUAAUAAAUGGUGGCACUGAUA